AUGGCAGAUAUUCAACCUGAAAAGCAAGAUGCUAUGGCACAAGAGACUCCUCACGAUGACCACAAGGUAUCUGCUGUGGAGGAAAAUGCCUAUCCAGACCGUCCAGUAGGAUGGAAAUACAAGACAUACCGCUUCGCAUCUAUCAAAAUUCCCUGCUAUGCUUCGCCACCCUUCCAGCUUACCCUCGUGGCAUUCGUCUGCUUCAUGUGUCCUGGCAUGUUCAACGCAGUCAAUGGUCUGGGCGGAGGUGGUCAAUUCGACGCUCAUACGGCCGACAAUGCCAACGUUGCUCUGUACUCUACUUUCAGUGUAUUCGGCUUCUUUGCUGGAACCAUUGCCAACCGUCUAGGUAUAAAGUUGACGUUGAGUCUCGGAGGCUUGGGAUACGUUCUUUAUAUAGCUAGCUACCUAAGCUACAAUCACAACCAGAAUGAGGGAUUUGUCGUUUUCGCGGGAGCUAUGCUUGGUAUUUGUGCUGGAAUGCUCUGGGCAGCCCAGGGAGCGAUUAUGAUGUCGUAUCCGCCUGAGCAGUCGAAGGGGAGGAUACCUCUGGGUCAAAAUAUCCAUUCUUCAGCCGGCAACGUAACCGACGGCACCUACAUCGGCUUCCUGAUCUUGACAUUCAUCGGCGCCUGCCUAGCUUGGACGCUCGUUGAUGCCAAAAGCGUAGUCCGCUCUGACGGCUCCCACGUCAUCCUUAUGAAACACCCAACAUGGCAAAGCGAACUCCUCGGCCUUCUAGAAGUACUGAAAACGGACAUCUGGAUCAUCUGCCUUUUCCCAAUGUUCCUGGCUAGCAAUUGGUUCUAUACUUACCAAUUCAAUGAUUUCAAUUCUGCCAAGUUCAACAUCAGGACGAGAUCGCUCAACAGUAUCCUGUACUGGACGAGUCAGAUUGCCGGAGCGUACAUAUUCGGGUAUGGGCUAGACGUCAAGAGCGUGAGACGAAGUAUGAGGGCGAAGGUGGUUUGGGGCGUGCUGUUUGUGAUCACGAUGGUUAUUUGGGGAGGCGGGUAUGCUUGGCAGAAAGGGUAUACAAGGGCGGAGACGGCGCCAAAGACAGCGCCAAAGAUGGAUUGGACGAGCAGGGGAUAUGUGGGUCCGAUGUUUUUGUAUAUGUUUUAUGGCUUCUAUGACGGUAAGCCUCCUUCAUCCGCCCCUCCCCCCUCCCCACGCAAACUUCCACACUUCCCUCUCACCAACACUACCCUAGCUGCGUGGCAAACUUGCGUCUACUGGUUCAUGGGCGCCAUGACCAACAACGGCCGCAAACUUGCCAACUACGCCGGCUUCUACAAAGGCAUACAGUCCGCUGGUGCAGCCAUCAUAUAUCGCAUCGAUGCGCUCAAGGCUCCGUUUAUGAAUGAAUUUGCGUCAAGUUGGGCGCUGCUUGCGGGGAGUUUGCUCCUUGCUGCGCCGCUGAUUUGGACGAAGAUACAGGAUACGGUGCCGAUCGAGGAGGAUCUGAAGUUCACGGAUGAAACGUAUGAGGAUGUAAAGCCGAUGAUUGUUGGGGAAGGGGCGCCGGAGGUGGAGGAGAAAGUGUGA